GACAGUUCAUUCCGAGGAAGAAGAAAAGCAGGGAGAAGCAGUCUUCAGUCUUCAUUGUUUCGCGACUUGACCGCCGGUGUGAUGUCUACGAAAAGAAGGAAAUCAUGAAGAAUAUCCCUCUGAUUCUGAUGGGUUGCGGCGGCGUUGGCCGCCACCUCCUCCAACACAUUGUCUCCUGCCGAUUACUUCACGCCAAGCUUGGAGUCCAUUUACGGGUGGUGGGAGUAUCGGACAGUAAGUCUCUAGUACUUACAUCGGACGUGAUCAAAGCAGAGUUGAAUGAUAACUUUCUGUCAGAAGUUUGUAGAGUGAAAUCAGAUGGUUCUUCUUUGUCAAAGCUUAAUGAUUUAGGUGAUUGUAAAGUCUUCUCCAAUUCAGAAUCAAGAACAAAAAUAUUAGACAUUGCAUCGGUUCUGGGUAAAUCGACAGGUUUGGCUCUUGUAGAUUGUUCAGCUAGUUCUGAGACAACUGGAGUGCUGACCCAAGUGGUUGAUUUGGGUUGUUGUGUUGUCUUGGCUAAUAAAAAGCCUCUUACUUCUACUUUGGAGGACUAUGAUAAAUUGGUGUCAUAUCCCCGCCGCAUUCGGCAUGAGUCAACUGUUGGUGCUGGUCUUCCCGUCAUAUCAUCCUUAAAUCGCAUAAUUUCAUCAGGAGAUCCCAUUCAUCGCAUUAUUGGGAGUUUGAGUGGAACACUAGGAUAUGUAAUGAGUGAAGUUGAAGAUGGAAAGCCCUUGAGCCAAGUUGUUAAAACUGCUAAAAGCCUUGGAUACACUGAACCAGAUCCACGUGAUGACCUUGGUGGGAUGGAUGUUGCCAGGAAGGCUUUGAUCCUUGCUCGACUUCUUGGCAGGCGGAUUAGCUUAGAUAGCAUCAAGAUUGAGAGCUUGUACCCUAAAGAAAUGGAGCCUGGUGUGAUGUCUGUUCAAGAUUUCAUGGAAAAUGGGCUUGUAAAGCUCGAUAACAACAUACAAGAGAGAGUUAAGAAAGCUUCACUAAAUGGAAACGUCCUCCGUUAUGUCUGUGUGAUUGACGGCUCAAGAUGUGAAGUUGGCCUUCAAGAACUUCCCAAGAACUCUGCUCUAGGAAGAUUGAGAGGAAGUGACAAUGUGCUAGAAAUAUACAGUAGGUGCUACAAUGAACAACCACUGGUUAUUCAAGGAGCUGGAGCGGGUAAUGACACAACUGCAGCUGGUGUGCUAGCUGAUAUCCUUGAUCUUCAGGAUCUAUUCCCAUUAUAAAAAUGGUGUCUUCCAGGUUGAGGAAACUCGAACUUCAAAUUACCAUUGUAUUGCACCCACAAAAGUGAAACAAAGAGAGAAUUUUGAACUUGAAAUUUCCCUUCCCUACUAGAUAUGCAAGUUCUUUGUUCUGUUUUUGUUUCUCCAUUGGCAUCUCACUUACAGAAUGGUAAGACUUUCUCUUCAACAUUUCUAUAUCUGUAUAAGAUAGAACAGACCAAAUAACAGCCAAAAUUCAGC